AUGGCCGCUUCUUCGAGUUCAGCGUUGAGUCCAUCCUCCUCCAUCUCUUCACUUGGCUCUUUCACAUACGAAGUUUUUCUGAGUUUCAGGGGAGUAGAUACCCGCCAAGGGUUCACGUGGAACCUUUAUCAAUCUCUUCAAAAUGCAAGAAUUGAAACCUUCAUGGAUGAAGAGGAUAUUGAGGCUGGUGAGGAAAUCGAUGAAAGGCUUUUGAAAGUAAUAGAGGGAUCAAGGUGUUGUGUGGUCAUCCUGUCAAGCCGAUAUGCCGAUUCUAAGGCGUGUUUGAUGGAAUUGGCAGCCAUGUUUCGACUCAAGAAACAGAUCAUCCCUGUCUUCUUCUACGUCGAGCCUUCUGACGUGAGCCAUCAGAGUGGCCCUUUCAAGAUUGAUUUCUCCACUCAUCAAAAGCGCCCUUUCGAGAUUGCUUUCUCCAUUCAUCAAAAGCAUUCUAGCAGCUCUAGGGAUGUUGAGGAAUGGAGACAAGCGUUGACCAAAGUUGGUGAACUUAAAGAGCAUCUUGUGGGAAUCGACUCCAGGGUUGAAGAAGUAAUGGAAUUGCUAUGUAUUGGGGAAGGAGGCGUUAAAAUGGUUGGGAUUUAUGGGAUGGGAGGCGUCGGCAAGACCACACUUGCAAAGGAAAUACACAACAGACUCAAGGGCAGGUUUGAAAAAGCUAUCUACAUAGAGUGCAUCAAGGACAAAAAAGAUAGGCUACCACAAUUGCACGAAGAAUUUAUUUCUAAGGUGUUCAAAGAUGGAAAAAAAAGAAGAGUCCCUCGGGAGAGGGUGCUUGUUAUUCUUGAUGAUGUUGACCAUGGGGAUCAACUCAAAGCAUUAGCUGGUGGGUGUGACUGGUUUGGUGAAGGAACAAGGAUUCUCAUCACCACAAGGGAUGUGCAGCUUCUGGAUGCGCAUCUUGUGCAUAAAAAGUACCAAGUCCAUGAGUUAAACAGCAGCGAUUCGCUACACCUGUUCAGUCGGCAUGCUUUCAAAAAUGACCAACCUAGUGAGGAAUUCAUGAAGAUAUCUAAGAAAAUUGUAAGAGAAGCAGGGGGUCUUCCAUUAGCGCUUGAGGUUCUUGGUGCAUCAUUAUCAACAGAACUCCAAAAAGAAGCAUGGGAGGAGGUGGAAACAAAGUUGAGGAGUUCAGGAUACCCUGAAAUUAACAAGUGCCUGAGAAUAAGCUACGACGGCCUCAGCCAGAAGGAACAGGAAGGUUUUUUGGACAUUGCGUGCCUUUUCGUUGGUCAGAACAAAGAUGAGAUCAUUGACAUAUGGAAAGGCUGUGACUUCGGUACUCCAGUGUCGACAGUCAAUUCUCUUUUAAAUAAAUGUCUUCUUAAGGUUGAUGACUUUGGGGCGCUACGUAUGCAUGAUUUACUACGAGACAUGGGGAGAGACAUUGGCUCGCGUAGCAGGUUGUGGGAUCAAAAGGAAGUGUGGGACGUGCUGGAGGAGCACAAGCUCCUUCUUUUGGAAAACAUCAACCUCAAGGGUGACUUUAGCAGGAUGCCCAGAAGUUUGAGAUCCUUGAAAUGGACUGGUUGCUCCAUGCAAACGCUUCCAGACAAUUUCAACAUCCAGAAACUUGGAUGCCUGAAGUUACGUAACAGCAAAAUUGUUCGAUUCUGGAGUGAUAGUUGCAUAUCAAAGGAAAAGGUGUUCACUAACCUGAAGGUGCUCGACCUUAGAAACUGUAGUGCACUUACCAAACUUCCUAAUUUCUCUCACUCCUUGGACCUAGAGAAACUAUGCCUUCAACGCUGCAGCAGUUUAACGGACAUUCCCGACUCCAUUGGAAAUUUGACGAAACUCAGCAGUUUAGACGUGUCCCAUUGUAAAUGCCUAUCGACUCUUCCUGAUUCCAUCGAAAACUUGCCGGAACUUCAAGAGCUACGACUUAAUUACUGCAAAUCCCUGUCAACAUUGCCUCAUUCCAUCAGGAAAUUGACACUGCUUAAGAGGUUGGAGCUAGACUCCUGUGAAUCUCUGUCGUCAUUGCCCGAUUUUAUUGGAAACCUGACCGAACUUGAGGUGUUAGUGGCCAGCUAUAAAUCCCUGUCAACACUGCCUGAUUCCAUUGGGAAUUUGAGUAGACUGAAGUAUUUAUAUUUGUUCUUUUGUAUAUCUCUAUCGGCAUUGCCCGAUUCCAUUGGGAUUUUGACCAAACUGAGGACGUUAGAGAUGGCUGGUUGUCAAUCUCUAUCAGCAUUGCCUGAUUCUAUUGGGAAUUUGACCGGACUGAAGAGGAUACAUCUGUCUUUUUGUAAAUCUCUACCGGCAUUGCCCUAUUCAAUCGGAAGGUUGACUUUACUUGAGGAUUUACAAUUAUACAAAUGCACAUCCCUAUUAGCAUUGCCUGAUUCCAUUGGGAAUUUGACUGGACUGACGAUGUUGGAUCUGUUUGUUUGUAAAUCUCUAUCGGCAUUGCCAGAUUCUAUUAAAAAUUUGACUAGACUUGAGAAGUUAAAAUUACGCUCAUGCACAUCCCUAUCAGCAUUGCCUCCUUCCCUUGGGAAUUUGACACGGCUUAAGAGGUUGAAGCUAGACUAUUGUAGAUCUCUAUUGGCAUUGCCCGAUUCUAUUGGAAACCUGAGCCAACUUGAGAAGUUAGCAUUGCACGAAUGUACAUCCCUGCCAACGUUGCCUGAUUCCAUUGGGAAGUUGAACAGACUGGGGACGCUAAAGGUGGCGUCAUGCUCAGGCUUGUCAACGCUGCCUAGUUCUAUCGGCAGCAUGAGGAGACUGUCUACUCUCGUUCUCAGCGGCAGUGGCAUUGAAGAGCUUCCUGAUUCUGUGCGCUUGCUGGAGUCGCUCGAAUGGUUGGGAAUUGCAAGAUGUAGACUACGCAGUCGCCUGCCUCUCUGGGAGAUGAAACGGCUGAAGGGCUUGGUCAUAGGAGGUGAAGUCAAUCAGAAAGAUGAAAGUGACGAUGGGAAUCAAAAUAAUGAAUUAUUUGAAAUCCCAGAUGGCAUCACCCACUACUCUCAACACAGUCAAGAGUGCAGGAGAAUCCGAUACAUAGAAACCUCGGAAGUCACAUUUGAUGGCCUAGAAGGUAAAGUAUUUGAGUUGUCCAUUUGGGCGGUGAGUGGUAGAGAAAUGAAGAUCAUUUUACUUGUGUAUCCUUUUGGGAAUCGCCUGAGGGAAGGGAAUAUUGGAAUGGGCCAUGGUUGA